UUUGAUUGAAUCAGCAUCAACGUGAUCAUUUGAAUAAAGUCACUUAUUUAAUACACAAAAUGCAAUUUGUUUAUUUGUGCAGUUAUGUCGGCGAACAAAUUUGGUAUCAGUCUCUGAACAAGAUUCAACGUUAUCAAAUGCACAUACUGAUUCAAAGGACACUCAUAAUCGAGCUCCAACUGCUGCAACAUCAAAUUCGAUUUCAUCGAAUACUUCCUCUAAAAUUAACGAAGAAAAUGAAGAAGUUGUACGUUGUGCAUCACCUUUGCCUGAAAAUAUCUUGCGUAAGUUACGUACAAAUACGUAUGAAUCGGUAAUAAAACCAUGUAAACCUCGCCUUUUUUGUUUUUAUAUGGAACAACAUGUAGAACGAUUAUUACAACAAUACAAGGAAAGACAACAGCGUGCACAACAACUCGCCAAAGAAAUGGAAUGUGCUGAUUUACCAGAAAGUAUGCGUGAACAUAUGAUGAUAUUUCUAACUCAGAAGGAAUCACGAUAUUUGCGAUUAAAACGACAAAAAAUGAACAAAAACAUGUUUGAAGUAGUAAAACAUAUUGGUUUCGGAGCAUUUGGACGUGUGUCACUUGUCAAAAAGAAAGAUACUGGUCAAGUAUAUGCAAUGAAAAAAUUGUUGAAAAAAGAUGUAAUAAUGAAACAGCAAGCAGCACACGUGAAAGCUGAACGUGAUAUCCUUGCAGAAGCUGAUAGCCAAUGGAUUGUUAAAUUGUAUUAUUCAUUUCAGGAUGAACGGUCAUUAUAUUUGAUAAUGGAAUAUGUUCCUGGUGGUGACAUGAUGCAACUUUUAAUUAACAAAGGGAUAUUUUACGAAAAAUUAGCUAUGUUUUAUAUUGCUGAGUUAACAUGUGCUAUUGAAUAUGUUCAUGGUCUUGGUUUCAUUCAUCGAGAUAUUAAACCAGAUAAUAUAUUGAUCGAUCAAAAUGGUCAUAUUAAACUAACUGAUUUUGGUUUAUGUACUGGUUUACGAUGGACACAUGAUAAGCGAUAUUAUGGACCUGAAAAUGAUGAAGUAGAAAACACAGAUGCGCAAAAAGAAUAUUUGCUUGCACAUCCAAACAUGCCAGGACGACCCAAAGUACUUGACAUCAGAAACCAUUGUAAGCGGAAUCAGUCUCAUUCGUUAGUAGGAACAGACAAUUAUAUGGCACCAGAGGUUAUAAGAGGAACUGGUCACACUCAACUUUGUGACUGGUGGUCAGUAGGAGUUAUUCUAUACGAAAUGGUUUUUGGUCGACCGCCUUUUCUUUCUAAAGAUCGUUAUGAGACACAGUACAAAAUUAUCAAGUGGCGACAUUACCUUGAUUUAAGUAAUCGUAUAGGCGCAAAAUUAACAAAGGAAUGUAUUGAUGUAAUUCGACAAUUGUGCUGUGAACAGGAGGAAAGACUCGGUUGUAGAAAUGGAGCAGAAGACUUGAAAACUCAUGCAUGGUUCAAGGGUAUUGAUUUUACGUCAUUACGUUCUACACGUGCGGAAUAUAUUCCACGUGUGGAGCAUCCUGAGGAUACAUCAAAUUUUGACACUUUUGAGUUUGAUUCUUCUGAUCAGACGUUUGAUACUAUGGCAAAGCGUGCAAGUGCUUCAGCUUCAUUCAAUCCUGCAUUUUAUGAAUUUACUUUCCGUCACUUUUUCGAUUUUGAUGGACAGGGUUGUCCAAGUUUCCGUAAACGUCGUCCAUCUUUGGCACCUUUAUUAGAAGCUACGAGUACAUCUUCACAGUCGCCAGCAUUGUCUGCUCAUUCUAACAAAAUUGACAAUCACAUGAAUUCACCGGAUAUCAAAAUGAAUAAUAAUAAUAAUAAUAAUAAUAAUACAAAGUUUCGACCACUGACGGAAACACCGCAGUCAUCCAUCACAACUACAAUUACUUUGCAAAAUGACGAUGAGUAUGAAAGUGAUGACUCACUAGUUGUAUAA